AUAUUCGUACUCAGCCCGAGCGACCUGCGCGCUAGAACAGGAAGUACUGUUCCAACGAGCUGAGCUAGCUAGCUACUGUUAGCCAACUGGGUUAGCUUGGCAUUUAACUUCGCAGUCAAAAUGGGUCUCUUCGGCAGAACACCAGAUAAAUCACCAAAGGAGCAGGUGAAUGAGUGGUCUCAAAAAAUCAGGAAGGAGAUGAGAGUGAUUGACAGACAGAUUCGAGAUAUUCAAAGGGAAGAAGAAAAAGUUAAAAGAUCCAUCAAAGAUGCUGCCAAAAGGGGCCAGAGGGAUGUGUGUGUGGUGCUCGCAAAGGAAAUGAUUCAUUCAAAAAGAGCUGUCACAAAACUUUACGCUUCUAAAGCCCAAAUGAACUCUGUGCAACUCAGCAUGAAGAAUCAGCUUGCUGUAGCUCGUGUAGCCGGGUCCCUGCAGAAGAGUACGGAGGUGAUGAAAGCGAUGCAGAACCUCAUCAAAAUCCCAGAGAUCCAGGCCAACAUGAUGGAACUAUCAAAGGAAAUGAUGAAGGCUGGCAUUAUUGAGGAAAUGCUGGAAGACACAUUUGAGAGCAUGGAAGAUGGAGAGGAGAUGGAGGAAGCAGCGGAGGAGGAAGUUGACAAGAUCCUCUUUGAGAUCACAGCAGGUGCACUUGGCAAAGCGCCUAGCAAAGUCACAGACGCCCUGCCUGAAUUACAGCCUGCUGCAGCUGCUGCAGCCUCAGAGGAUGAGUCAGAAGAGGACAUUGAAGCAAUGCAGUCAAGAUUGGCAGCUCUGAGGAGCUAAGGUGAACUGCCACUGUUCUGUCAAAGUCAGUCUGGUCACUUCAAGAAGGACAGAGACAAUUCUGCUGCUGGGUUUACAGUGCUAAGCAUCCUCCAAGCUUCAUAUUAUAAUUAUUAUUUCACAUAAUCAUUUGGGGUUAACUUUGUGCUACGACAGUUAAUGUCUUUAAAACGUUUUUUUAUUGAACUUUUGGUCUACUCGGAUAGAAGGUGUUUUUGUUUUUUGUCUUUUAUUAUCAGGGGCAACCCUAGGUAAGUCUUUAUUAUCCAAAGUCAAACAGAAGGUUUUUGAAAGUGUAUAUAAUGUAAGUAUGAAAAGCCUGCUGUGCCUAUAGUGCUUCAUCAUAUCUUCUGUCCUAAGUUAUGGACUGGUGAUGGACGUACUUGGGUAUUUAUGAUCCAAACAAGCGAUUAAAUAACCACCCUGCACUUAAAUCACACCCUUGAUCACUAGCAGUUGUUCUAAUCUGUUUCGGAUACAUUUUGUAACCAACAGUUGUUCUGUUUACUGUUAACUAGCCUACAUUAUCUGAGACACUAGAGAUGGUGGGUGGAUUUCUCCUUUCAUAGUCUGUACAGUCAAUAUGUAUCUAUUCUAUAUGUGGUCAUACACGUUGAGUGCAGUCAUCAGAAAAAUGCAUGCAUACUACCCUAACCCAUUUUCUUUGCAUUAACAUUUAGCUCGUUAAAUGUUUGACUUUGUAUCACGAUUGAGGUUUUUCUCAGCAGGAAGAUGCAGAGGAAAUUGAAGGGUUAGUUAGUGCAGAAACUAUGUAAUGUGGAAGUAUUGUGCGUCUGAUUUUUCUAUGUGAAUCGGGGAAGAAAUAAGGUAAUAAACUUUUAAGAUCAAAGGUUGCCAAUAAGCAAACUGUAUUACACCUUUUUCUGCUUUUAGCAAUAACUUACAGUGCAUUUAGCCCUUCAACGUAAAAAUAAACACUUAAUGCUUGGCUUAAUCUAAUCAGAAGCUUUUGGAAAUCUGAACCUGCUGGUUUGCAACAGCACACUCAACUGGUCAGAAACUGAACUGCACAGAAAAUCUAAUUCUGUUGACACAAAAACCUGUAUGGUAGAUAAAACUGCUUGCUCAGCAGUUCUGAAAACAAACUGAACCGGCAAGAGUAAAAUAACUGAGAUUGCUGUUUUUCUACAAUUUUGCUGUUCAGCGAUAACAGUCUAGCAAUAUCAAAGUUCUGGAAAUGGAUAUGCAAACUAUGUCAAAUAAUUAAUCCCUGGCCUUUUUUUAUAUUUAACCUGUCAAACAAUG